CAUGCGCUGAACAAGCGACCAUCGGACAAGACACAGAGAAAUGGAGAGGCAGUGGUGAUGCAGCAGCAAGCUCCCAGCAGCGCCCUCCUAAAAUUGGACGAAGGACACGAAGUUCGAAGAAGCAGUCCCCGACGUUAUCUCUCUCUUCUCAUGCCGGCCCCGGCCGGCACGUACCUCCAGUUCCACAUCCACCACUGCGUGCAACAAUCUUGAAUUUAAUCGGCAACGUUCCCCAUCACCACCAAUUCACCACAAGGUCGCGGUGCCUGCUCGACGAGCGUGAGGAGACUGACCAUAAGGUGUUCGACGAAAUGCUGGACUAGGAUUGUUAUGUGCUCGCACUUGUUCGGGGGUCAAGCUUGUUGCAAUCUUCGAACAAGGCCAGUUCACAUGAUCAGCUCACCCCAAGGUGUUGUAGAAGGUGACGUCAAACUGUCAGUCGGAUAGACUCUGGGUAUGCAGGGAUCCUGACCUGCACCGCAAAGGUUUAGUUACUUCUGCAAGCUUCUGUAAUUUCUUCUUCCCUGGAUUUAUUUCAUGGUUUAUUUAGUCACCCACUUCUAUCCAUAAUAGGGCAGGAAGAAAAUAGACAGAAGAAACAUGCAUACAUGCUAACUUUAGUUCUCUACAAAUCCUCCCCACCUGUAGUUUUUAAUCUACAUCACUGUACCUUUUAGGUGCCAUUUUCUAUUGUCUUUUUUUGUUUGAAUUUUCUCUACCUUACUUUUUGUUCAAUUAGCGCGAAAGAGAUCUUCACAAAAAUAUACCAUUAAGGCACAAUCUCGUUUUAACAAAUUCAUUUUGCAUAGUUAUUCCCACCUUCCUCUCCUCCAUUUCAGGAUUAGAAUGGAGUGAGGGGAAGGUGGGGGAGAUUGUUCCGUUUCUGGUGCCAUUGCAUUUUCUUGAAAGGGGCGUCAAGCGGGAAGUUAAGGUAUCCAUCAUAAUUCUUCACAUAUUUCCUCGAAAUGUUGAAAUAUAUGACUAGUUGACAGCUAAACUAUAUAUGGUUCUGUCCUUUGCUGUGAAGAGCCUAAAUUGAUUAGUUGUGUAGGACAAGAUUGUAGUUUUCAUGGAUUGCUGGCAUCCCUUUCUCAUGUUGUUGACUUCUUAACUUGUGAUUUUGCUUUAUAAGUUUAUUAUUUGAUUUCCCUUCAAAAAUUAAUUUCGAUUGUUUUAGCCUUAAUGUUUUGCUCUUAAAAUCAAAUCAAUUUUAACCAGAAGAAUGACCAGUUCAUGAUAUAGCCUCAGAAGAUGGAAUUUUGAUCAUAUUAUUUUAUUGUUGUAUUAGAACAUUGCAGUUUUGAUGGAUUGUCUAUAUCCUUGCUUUUUUUUCUUGACUUCUUAACUUGUGACUUUGGUUUGCGGAUCUAUUUGAAUUUGUAUUUGUUUUAAAUUGUCCUUGAUAUAGUAAAACUGUUUUGCUCUUGAUGCUAGCUUCAAAAUGUGGAAUUUCGAUCACAUUUGGCUGCUUACAGUAUAAUUCCUUUUUGAAUUUGGAAUAACUUCCUUGGAUAGAGUUAGAAAUUGCAAUCAUGACUAUGGUGAAGUUUCUCUUUUUUAUUCUCGACAUAAGAUUCUAAUUGAGUUUCUACUAGUUUUGCUUUCUUAAUCUAGUACAAUGAACUUUGCACUCAAGUUGAAGGAAAUAUUUGGACAUAUCUUUUCUUCAUAUUACAGUCUGGAAUUUGGACUUCUCAUGCCGUCAAAUUAAAAUAUCUUCAAGGCUGCUGUAACAUUGAGAAGUUCAGGCAUUGCUUGUCUUUUUGCUGAAUGAAGAUACAUAUUCAAUUCCUUCGAUCAAGUGGAAAGGCACUAAAUGUGUUUAUAGGCCGCUUUUGUUCUAAAUGCACUAAACAAGAAGAUAGUGCCACCUCGAAAAGCCAGACCACUGAUGGCACGUGUAUACAUGGGUUAAUCGCACCGUCCAGCAAGGAUGAAUUGUCGGCUGUACCUGAAGUUGCUGGUGAUGGCAGAAAUACAGAAGUGCCCAAUGUCCAGUUAAAAGAGAAGCCAGUUCUUGGUUUUGACCCUCCUAGGAAGCCGAGGGCAAGACAUAGACUCAAAAUCUGGAUCAGCACUCGGCACAAUGGCAUAAUUGGACGAUACGGUAAUAAACUGGAUUUAGGUUUCUUCAAGGGGGCGAAGCGGUUAUCAGCUGAACAUUUGAAUACUGGAUGGCCAGAUUGGCUUGUGACUGUGGCACCUGAGGCAGUGCAAGGCUGGGCCCCACUGCGAGCUGAUUCGUUUGAGAGAUUAAGUAAGAUUGGACAAGGGACUUAUAGUAGUGUUUACAAAGCUCGGGAUCUUAGAACAGCCAAAAUUGUUGCGCUCAAAAAGGUUCGGUUUGCCAAUACAGAUCCUGAAAGUGUGCGCUUUAUGGCUAGAGAAAUAUGUGUUCUUCGGAAACUCAAUCAUCCCAAUGUUAUAAAGUUGGAAGGGAUAAUAACAUCUCCUGUUUCACAAAACCUAUAUCUCGUCUUUGAAUACAUGGAACAUGACCUUGUUGGCCUUGCUGCAACUCCAGAACUCAAGUUCACCAAGUCACAGGUCAAGUGCUUGAUGCAACAGAUAUUUAGUGGCCUUGAUCAUUGCCACAGCAAAGGAAUUCUUCAUCGUGACAUGAAGGGCUCCAAUCUCUUGAUUGAUAGCAAUGGUGUUUUGAAGAUUGCUGACUUUGGCUUAGCUACAUUUUAUGAUCCUGAGAGUCGGCAACCACUGACAAGCCGUGUUGCAACAUUGUGGUACAGACCACCAGAACUUCUGCUUGGUGCCACCAGGUACAGUGCUGCUGUGGAUAUGUGGAGUACAGGGUGCAUUUUUGGGGAAUUGCUGGCUGCCAAGCCAAUCAUGCCAGGCAGAACUGAGGUGGAGCAAAUUCACAAGAUUUUCAAGCUCUGUGGAUCACCUUCUGACGAGUACUGGCAGAAAUUGGAAGUGCCCCCAACAGGGAUGUUCAAGCCCCUGUGCCAGUAUAACCGGUGCAUUGCUGAGAAUUUCAAAGAUUUACCUCCAUCAGCUCUAGUUCUUCUAGAUAACUUGCUUGCAUUAGAACCAGAAGCUCGUGGAACAGCUGCCUCAAGUCUUCAGAGUGACUUUUUUAGAACAGAGCCACUUGCUUGCAGCCCUUCGGACUUACCAAAGUGUCCACCGAGCAAAGAAUAUGAUGCUAGACUCCGACAAGAGGAAGCAAGAAGACAAAGAAGGCCAGAAUCUGUUCGAUCAGGAAUUGAGAAUCCUAGAGAAAACCGUGCUGCAUAUGGUUCUAUUAAACCGCAGAGGCUUCAGCAUACCAAAACAAGGUUCAAUAGUGCACAUCUCAAUCCAAAGGAUGAUCAACUGACGUUGGCUACUGAGGUACAACCUCUAGGGUUUGAUUCCACAUGGAACAAUGGAGGUAACAAUUAUAUGGACCAUCACGAAGUACCUGAACGCAAAUACAGAUCUGGCCGAUUGGCAAAUUCCAACAUUUCAAGGACAAAGAGCUCAGACAUGUUUAAACCUGAAUCGACUGGCGUAGGGAACAUUGUGCCUGCUUCUCACAACAAAGAGAUGGGAGUAAAAGGCCCAAUGGUGGACUACAAGGGUAAGAGCAAAAUAGUCAAUUUGUCUGGUCCACUGGCUACUCAAGAUGGGAACAUAGAGGAUAUGCUCAGAGAACAUGAGCGGAAUGUUCAGGAAGCGGUGCGCAAAGCGCGCUGCAUCAAGAGUUGAGAUCUGUGAAACAGAUGAGUGGGAUCGAACUGUCAAAGAUUCCAGCAUUUCAAAGUUCAAAGUCCUGGGAUGGCAGUAUGCAUUUUUCUACAAAGCAUCUCUAGAAGAGCAACUUCUCUCCAAAUGGCCAUAAUUAAUUGAAAAAGAGCUACUGCCAUUUUUGUACAGCUGAAGAUCAUUACAAGAGUUGGGCGAUACCGGUACCAUUAUUUUUAAGUGAGGCAGAUGCCUUGUGAGCUUAAUGAGCAUAUGCUGCCAUCUGUAUUGAAUGUGUACUAAGGGGGCAUGGUGAAGCUUAGGGGCUGGGGAGGUCUAAGAAAUACAAGCCAAGGUUUGUAGCGGAUUUUUGACGGUUUAUGGCCCUCAUAUUUUGUCUUCGUGAUGAUAUUUGAAGUACAAGAAGAUUUACAAGGAAGGAUGUACAGUACAAAUACCACAGAUUGCUGUAGCAAAUUAUCUGAACAUAAAGAACAUAGUUCUGAACAAACAUUGAGGAGAGAAAAUGGCAAUUUCUCAUGAUAAAGCAAUGUAGUCCAGUAUCCCACCAUGAUAACCCAUGGUGGAUGCAUUAUGCAAGCAUGACAACUGAACAAACUCCAAAUCCUUGGGCCUGCCUCAGUCACAUAAUUUUCUGUAAUAUUAACAUGAAAAUGCAGAAGCUGA